AGCGCGCCUUCUGUGUCGGAUUCGUUCGCUGACAGCCAGCGGUGCGAAUUGGACUCGUCAGAUGCUAGCGAUCCACACUUCGCGCUUUAUCACGCACAUUUCACUCCACGGAUCGUUUUCCACCCCUUUCAGUCGCCGUUAUAUUUCUCCAAAAUGAAUCCACUGUGUGGCAGAUGUAACCGAGUGGUGUAUCCCACGGAAAAAGUGAAUUGUCUUGACAAGUUCUGGCAUAAAGGAUGCUUUAGCUGUGAAGUCUGUAAGAUGACGCUAAACAUGAAGAACUACAAAGGCUUUGAGAAGAGACCAUACUGUAAUGCACACUAUCCGAAGACAUCAUUCACCAGUGUUGCAGACACUCCAGAGAACCUACGCCUGAAACAGCAGAGCAAGAUGCAGAGCCAGGUGCUCUAUAAGGAAGAAUUUGAGAAGAGCAAAGGAAAAGGCUUCAGUGUUAUGGCUGACACACCAGAAAUGCAGAGAAUCAAGAAAACACAAGACCAAAUCAGCAACAUUAAAUACCAUGAGGAAUUUGAGAGGAGCCGAAUGGGCGGCGAUGCCCCUCCUCAUCACCCGCAGAUACCUCAACAAAACACAACUCCAGCAUAUCAGCCCCCAGCAGCAUCUCAUAACUAUCACUAUGAGCCUGAACCUGUGCGUCCGGCUGCUGCCGCCCCUCCUCCCAGCUCUGGGAAGCGCUACCGAGCAGUGUACGACUACACUGCGGCUGAUGAAGAUGAGGUGUCGUUCCAGGACGGUGACAUGAUUUUGGAUGUGCAGCAGAUCGAUGAGGGGUGGAUGUAUGGAAGAGUGGAGCGUACCGGCCAGCAAGGGAUGCUGCCGGCUAACUAUGUAGAGGCCAUCUGAAAACAAGAGAGAAGGGGUGGGGGGUGGUAGAUGGAAAGGGAGAAGGGUGUUAAAAAGUGUGUGGGGGGGGCUGAUUCAAGAGAUGCAGAUGAUGACCUGAGUACCGUCUCACCUAUUAAGAUGAUCUCAUCCUGUUCUCUUCUAUUCCUGCACUAACUGUCCUACCAGGGGAUCAACCUCCAUGAUCCAGACAUGUUCCAAAAGAAACAGUUCAGUAACCACAUACAUAUAUAAUCAGACACACCGACAGUACACACAUAUACGUAAAUAGUGAAUUACGAUUUGCUACUUUUCCCCAUAUCUUUCUCUCUGUAUGCACCUCCCUGUUUUUUGCUUUUGUUGCUUGUCUAUCUGUUCGCCUGUCUGACUGUUUGUCUUAUAUUAUGUGUUUCCUCAGUCCUGGAAAGGUGCUGUCACAAGUGGCACUUAAGUUUUAUUAAGACUCGCACACAAACAAACAUACACACACACAUAUACCACAAAACCACACAGGACUUUAAAAUAUUUAGGGCCUGCUAUAGAGCACUUUGCAGACAUCUCAAACACUUAUCUAUCGGUUGCCAUGACAAUAAGUGAUCUGAUCCAAACCUCAGUUGUCAAAUCUUUUAUUAACUUUGUUUCUGAUCUUAUUUGCAGCCAGUAAUUGUAAAGUAUUCAGUACAGUUUCACAUCUCAUUGGUUGUGUGUCUGUAACGAUGCUUUAAACAUGAGACUUGUGGUCAUUCCAAUCAUUCCAUAUGUCUGACCAAUUGCAUCAUGUAGUUAACUGGAAUCUAAAAAAGGCUCAUCUUUUUCAACUCUUAAACAUAAUGAAAGGGGUGGUGCCUUUUUGUUACGACUUACUGUACAUGUCCACAGAAGCUUACCCUUCACAAUUCCUCCUGCUCUUUACUGAAUGAAUUACUAUAAAUGAGCCUGAUUUUGUUCUGAUGCUCCUGCUUUUAAAAUGACAAUAAAUUUGGGAAGUGAUGUACCUUAUUCUUGAUAAAGGGAAAAAACUAUGUAGUAACUCCACAAAAGAGGAGCAGAACCACAUUGUAGCACAGUGAGAGAGGAAAGGAGCCCAAGCACAAUUCUAAGGACCAUUUUAGCUAUGAAUUUUAAUCAUUCCAUUGGUUCUGGUCCAUUUCGGUUCUGGAGCAUCUCAUAUGCAUAAAAUGAAACUGUAUCUCCGAGCGUUCUGUAAGAUGUUAUUGAUGUUUUUGUUGUUUGUUUUUCCUCAUAUCUUGCUUAUUCUCAUUGCCUUGCUGGUAUUGUAUGAGAUGGAAUUUUAUUGUCAAUUUAUCAAUAUCAGUGGAAUAAAACAAAUCUAUUUGUAUACCAAGGCAGGUGGGUUUGUCAAACAGAAGGAAGGAAUAGCUACUGGAAUUACAAUAUUUUAGAGCCUAGCAUGUAUUUCUCUUGAACAACUGGAAACAAAUGCAGUCUUUUACAUGUUGCUGUGCUGAAGACUAAUGAGAUUCUACUGAUCAUUGUUCUCUUAAAUGCCAAAAUAUAGAAGCAGAGAAUGAUCUAAACAAGUAGUAUGUUGUUUUCUCAAGACACUGUUCUCACAUUCAUCACUGCAAAAGUCAAAAGUAAAACCUUGGGGUCACUAAUUUCUUGAAGUCCAAUCUUUCACAAAUCCUCCACAGUAUUCUCUUGUUCAAAGUGGUCCAGUGCUUAGUAAAUCUUGCUGGUUUGCCCUGUGUACACUUUUGGACUACCAUUUCAGAUUUAAAAAGCUGUUGCACAUUUUCAGUAAUGUAAAGUUUUAAUGCUACAUACACUUGUUAGGUUUAUCAGUUAUUUUAAUGUUUUAUUUUAGCACAUAGUAUAUUGGCAUAAAUUGGAUUUGCAUGUUUUAACAUUUUAAAGGUGCAGUCAGUUAUUCAUUCCUCAUUAAAAAAGUUUAACUCUUAAAGACAUUAAUUGAAAUGUUGCAAUAUAUGUAGGAAAUCAUGACCACUCACAUUAAAAUGAAGACUUAAAUAAUUACUGUAACACUUUAAAAGCUGUUUUAUUCUACGUGGCGAGUGUCCGCAUAUGGGCUGCCAUGUUAGGAUCACAUGACCAUCUGAAAAUCUCAGUAACUGCCCUGUUAUUGGACACUUUCACUCUUGGAUUAAAGUAAUCAUGGCUGACUGUGAAUACUACAUUUCUACAAUGGCAUCUUAAACUGAAAACUUUUGAUUUUAAAUGAUGCUGCAUCCAAGCCGCUAGAAGUCAGUGAAAGUCCAAGAUGACACAAAAACAAAAGUUACCGAGUGCACCUUUAAAAACAAGAAUUUUGUAUGAAAAACUCUAGUAAGAGAAAAUGUGAGGCUUUCAGUGAUACAAGAUUGGCAUAUGGAUGCAAAAAUAUCCAAAUCUGUUUUUCUGAAUACUUCUCUUUUUGGUCUAUCUCCUAAAUCCAGAACAUGCUCUUCUACCUCCAAAAGUCUUAAUAUAAAUCAAGAAGUUUAUUAUUCUAUUGUUUAUAUCCUCUUUGGGGGAAACCUGUGACUCUAUUUAGUGUAAUAUUUCAGUAAUGGUCAUUACAAAAUUAUAUUAAUAAACAAGCAGGAAGGUUAUUAAAAGAGAACUGGAAUGUGGAAAUUGUGAUGACAAAUGUGAUGCAUACACUUGGUUCUCCUUGCAUGAAUUUAAACAUGAACUCAGUCAACCCACCAGCAGUAGCAGACACUGAUUUGAUGUGAAGAAUGUUCAAAGUGGUUUUGCGAUUACAAUGGAGAUUUGUUUGUUUAUAGAAUACUUGAGAUGUUAUAAAAUGCUAAAUAUGAUUGAUAUUAACAGGCAAUGAUGUACCAUUUUCUGAAGUGUUAUUUUGAAUAAACAUUAUUCUGAAU